AUGUCGUCCACCCGGUAUUUGGAAGUGCACCCCGGUGGGGUAUUUGACAUUGCCGUGAUGACCGGCCUCUCUUCUGCCAUCGGCCUCGGAUACAUUCCUUUUUGCGAACCGUACAUCAAAUUUGUGCAAAUCGGGGUUGCGGUCGCCAGUGGCCACUUGACCGGCCAGUACUACGACUUCCGCCAACGCAUGCACCGGCGCGCCCUUUUCCAAGAAAUUGCGCGCCGCGAGACGGUCCGACUAAAGAAGAGCAUCAAGUUGCGCGACGCCGUCGCGUAUUUGUACGGAACGCUGGCCUUCGUCUUGCAAAAAACCUCCGCCUUCUUGGAGAGGAAAACCCAGGCCGGACUCUCUUCGAAAGACAUGGCAAAACAGACUCGCUUUCUCAAUAGCAUGUGCGAGACGGUGCAGCCGUCGGAGCGCAAGUACGAGCCGUUCCCGCGGGCGCUCACCACCGCCCAGCACGCCGUUGCGGCGUGCGUCUUCGUGUUCGAGAAGUGGCAAGACACGUUCAAAUGCUACGUUCAGGAAUCUGCAAUGAUGAAUUUGGUCUCGCCAGUUUCGACCUAUCUGUCUUCGAUCGACCGGCACAACGUGCGGGAGACGAUUCGCGCCCUCGCCGCGCACCCAGUGUGGCGGAAGGGAGCCGAGGUUUGGGGAAAGAACCUGCUUGUGCCGCAGCUGUGCCAGAUGUUUCUCGCCGUUCUCGAUGUGUGUCUGCAGACCGCACAACUCCCGAACUUGCGAAAGUGGUGGCGCGGACAAACGCCGACGUUGCUCGAAUGCACCUCGGUGGGCGAAAGGGCUGUGCGCUGUUUGGAAGUGGUCAAACGCUUGCUAGCGUUGAAUCGCGCUAAAAUGUGGCGACCGCAAGCCAGGUAUAAUGCUUGGCGAUUCAUCUGAUUUGCUUUUUUUCAUACUUGUACAACUAGACACCUGAUCUGAAGGUAACAUGAUUCAUCAGAAAAUCUCUGUUUUUAAAUGAACCCGCAUAAUCCCACAACCACGCAGCGUGCAGCUGGCCGCUUUAUUGGCACAGUACCGAGCGGAGCAAGAGCAGUCGGAUUACAACCAUGCGCAAGAAGAAGAUGCAGGAAACGUCGAAGAGGACUUGGACGGUGGAGUCAGUCUCGCUCUGGAAAACAGCAAUAUGGGGCUGCUUGACGACGAUUUUCAAGAACAGGACUUUGACGAUGGCAACGUGCUGCCGCAGCAAGCCCAAGGCCGGCGGCGUCGGAAGAAAAACGAUCUCCGAGCGGGCGACGAGCUUGUGCUGAGUUCGUACUGGACAUACGGGGGAGCACCAUCUUCUUCCGCGGACGGCGCAAGCACUAGUUCAUCCGGAAAUCUGAAUUUUCUGUACAAUGUCGUUUCCCGAGCAGCAGGUCGGAGUUCCGCCGCCGUUCCUGGGCCGACCGGCGUAGUGACACUCGCAAAAGAUCCGCUUCUGCGCAAGGUGUGGGCAACGCCUCUCCCGGACGCCCCGAUGGUGGUGCGCAAUUGGAGCCCGUGCACGGUCGGUGCUCGACUGUACCGCUUGGGCGAAUCGCCGCUGGACGAGAAACGGGGGGCCGUGUAUGACGGCAUGCCGAAUUUUCUGCGCAUGCUGUGGGAUCCGGUUCCGAUCACGCAAACCCGGAUUAAGCCCCGCAGCGAGUGGAUCGUCCGCCCGCCGCCGCGCCGCGACGCGAUCUUCGACGAAGGAGACCGAAAUGAUGGCACAACUAGCAAAAAUACGGAUCAUGGCCCGGGUGAGCCGCGUGGGACCGGUGUUGAGGCCGCUAUGCAGAACAAAGCGAGCAGCGGGAGCAAGAACAGCAAGAAGACUGCGAGCAAGGAGUCCUCGUGGGAUCCACUGAAGAUUGCCCCGGGCGACUACGAGUUUGAGCUUGUCCUGUUCAGCAUGGAUGGUGUCGUACUGGACGAGUACAUUUUGUCCCGCGGAGAGACUUACGAUUUCGACGUCGAGCGGCCGCCGAAGCCGCCACGAAUGAUCGAGCAAUACUGCCCGCCGAAGCAAAUUGCCGAAGAUGUUUCCCCAGGUAUUAUCGAAGCCGGCGAAGGUGAAAUAAUGGCAAUCGAAGACGAGGAUGCACUGACGAAGGCGAUGAAAAACGCACUUUCAUCGGAUCCACAAGGGGAAAAGGAGGAUAAUGGCAGCUCCGCUGCCACUGCGUUCCCGUUGCCCCAGAAGAUGAACCACGGUCGUGCACCACCAGUACCUAUUUCCCUAACCUCCACUAUGCGCGGCGCAGCCCUGGCACCGUCUUCGGAGGGCGGCAGUGCCAGCGAGAUUCUCGGAGGUGCGGAGGGAAGCGCGAGCGAGCCGGCCACAAGCAAGGCUGCUGGUGGUGUUGGCGCGUCAGCGUCCUCCUCCUCAGUCGGGAACAACAGGCUCAACAGAGACCCACAGGGUACGAUCCUCUUCGGCGGGGUCUCCUCCACGGAGAGCGCGGAUGACCGAGCACUUGGAUCCUCAACCACUUCGGCCAGACCGCACCUGAAAGUGCCACCGUUUCUUUUCUACGCUGAUCCUGGGAAAACGCCUGAAGGCGAGGACCGCGAGUUGAUGUGCGUGCCGGUGAAAGAAGUGGUAACCGGAAUAACACCAGCAGCAGAACAAGCGAGAAAUAGACCCACUGAUGAUCAUGAUACUGGCGGAAUAAAAAACGGAGAGCAUGGGGCGGACGGCCGAGAGGACUUUGAGUACGAUAGGAACAGAAGAUCAGCAGGUGGCAAGGUGGAAAACGAAAAAGACAUCGGAGCCUGGAACGACAGGAAUCGCAACCGGGAUGACAAUCAAAAUGCUCAGCGUUACUACAACGAAGAUCAAGAAUACUUUUGGCAAAACGCAAGUGGUGCCUGGAACUACAACGGUAGCUCAAGGAGCAGCGAAAAAGACGGAAUGCAAACCUCGUCCUGGUCGGUUUCCCGCGCCGCGACCUCGCGGAUGCUUUUCGGGGAGGUGGAACAAGAUGACUCUACUUACACCGACAAUGGUGCCACUGCGUCGGGAUCGUUCGCCGAUGAGGGGCAGCGCCGCGCCCAGAAGCCUACACCGCUUCCGCCCGCGCAGAGACGGUGGCGGCGGUUGCCGCAGCGCGUGAUGCUGGAGGAGUUUUCGAACUACCCAGAAUGCACCCUGUGCCCCCGGUGCUUGCGCAGAAUGGACCGGUACUUCGGCGUGGCGCAACUCGACGCGAAGAUGUACUGUCGGGGCGUGGACUGUGACGGGUGCGACCGAAAGCGCCUCGACGUGAAUCCGAUGUAUUUGGACGAGCGGGGGAGCUUCGUGCUGUUCUACCCGGAAAGUGACGACGAAGAUGCGGAGAGGGACCACAAAACGACGGCUGGCCCGGCCGCUGCCCUGCACCAGGCAUACGAAUACCUAUCGGCCGCAGCCGGGACCCUCACCGGCUGGGGUCCUCGUGCUGGCGAUGUUGCUGCUGCGACUGAAGAAGAGAACAGCAUCGGUGCAAGAAGGCGGGCUUCUAAAAAAGGAUCGUCCACGACCGAAAGAAAAGCGGAAAAACAUGCGAACUCGUGGAAGGAGUACGACACGCCCGAGUACAGCUUUUCGAGCGAAAGCAAGAAGACCCGCGACAAAAACGAGGAGGCGUCUACUUCCCUGCAGACCAUCGACCGGUCGCUUUUCCACGUACGGUCAGAUAUCGCAGAGGAACUGAGCGAAGAACGCGAUUUGUUCCCGCCCGCAAGGUCAGCCGUGUUGGACCAAUCGGGUUCUUCGUGGCAGGAGGAAGAGGAUGAGGAGGCAGACCUGGUGACCUUUGAGAAGAGCAAAGCACUCGCAAAGCGGUUUUUGCCGGUUCGUCUUGCCACCGCGGUCGGGCGAAAGCUCUUCGCUUUCGGUAGUGACGAGAGGGAUGAUGCAACUGGCAAGCGAAGAAGACGGAGGAACACUCCGGGGGAACCGCUCUUGCCACGACCGAAUUCGGAGGAAGAGAAUGUGCAGCCGUUUUUCCAUUGCCAGCGCUGCAACUACGACCUCUGCAAACCAUGUGCGAUAAACAGCCUGCAACGCAGCUGGUGGACCGACGAUUAAAAUGGGGCAAACAUUUUUGAUCGCAAAUUACACAGUCCCGCCGGCACUGCGUCACCAGUGCCACGAGCGCGACACGGCAGGACGACUCCUUGUUCUUCUACGACCCAUCCUUGGCGUAUAAACUCAUACGUUAGUUUCUUGCACUUGCACUUUUGCACCCCUAUGCCUAUGCAGCUAAUGGAUUCUGCUCAGCUGCAAUAUCUGUAGGAUUUUCUUGAAUGAUGAGACGUAUGCUUAUGCAGAACUGAUUUUUGAUUUUGUUUCGAUUUCGUAGAUCUAGAUGCUCGUAGGGUAGUAACGAGCGUCAACAGAUUCAGAUGCAGGGUAGCUGUUCUGUAUUGUGAUUUACAUGCUCCGCGUGAUGACUUCUUCUUGCACAACCACUCUGGUGGAUAAUUUCGUUGUCACCGCGAUGUGAUUGCAACCAAAAACGGAGACGAGAGUUUCGCGCUGGCUUUGACCGAGGAU